AUGGCGUUACCAUUUUUACCUGGAAAUUCUCCCAAUCUGCAACUGCUGAAAGACAAAUUCCACAAAUCCCAACAUUUUGACUACUCCAGCGACCUUCCUCUCCUCACGGGGAUGGAGAAGCCAGGUAUCGGGGGUGAACUCCUGCCUGGACAGAAGCGCAAACCCAAAUCUUCUGUCUAUCCCAGAGGAGCAACCGGUGGUUUGCCGUCAUGGGUCGCUUUUGACAAACAGGCACUUUGUUUUGAGGCCUACCUCCAGGAAGCUGUGCCAGAAGCUUCCAAUGAAACCUACAGGAUCCGCAAGUGUAAGAUUUACUUCUACCUCGAGGAUGAUACCAUGCAAGUAGUGGAGCCAGAGUACAAAAACAGUGGAAUCCCUCAAGGAACUCUUAUUCGUCGCCAACGUAUUCCACUGCCUCCGCCCAAGGAGGACCAGUACUACAAUGUGUUCCACUUUAACCUCAACCAGCAGAUGGUGCUGUUCUCUCACACGUUCACCAUCACAAACUGUGACCAGUUCACAAAGAACUUUCUCACCAAAUGUGGUGUCAUUCUCAAUGACCCUGUCUCUGUGCCUGACGACCCAUACCGGAGCCUCAGAGACAAGAUUGAGAAAAGCAUGAGUCCCCUCCGGCCAUAUGAGAGGCGAGACACUCUGAAACAGUUCCUGGACCAUGACCGCAAAGUCCUCCGUUUCUUCUGCUUCUGGGAUGAUACCAACGCCAUGUUCGGAGAUCUACGAGAACUUGUGCUGCUCUACUUCCUGGCUGAUGACACUAUAGCAAUCAAGGAGGUCAUCCCCCCGAACUCUGGGAGAGUCACAAUGUCCAAAUUCCUCAGUCGGAGCAAACUUCCCAAGUCUCCACAGCAUGCUUCAAACCAGUUGGCCCUUCCUGGUGAGAUGACAAAUCGCACCGUGCUCAACGUGCUGGCCUCCACCAGACAAGGAGAUCGCUACAUGCUGGAUAGUCUCAAAACAGGAGCCAUUCAAGAGGAGUUCUAUAAGGACUUUGAUCUGACGGUAGGCGGUGAGAUGAACGUGUGGGGCAGGAAAGUGAUUAUUGCAGACUGUGACGACUUCACCAAAGACUACUACCGCUCCAAAUAUGGCAUUGAGGACUUCACCCCGGUGAAGUACAAAGCUGCUGUAGCCCCCAAACCCCCAAGGCCUGUCCCUCCUUAUAACGGCUUUGGCUCAGAGGAGGACUCGCUAAGCUCUUGCCAGCGCCUGCUGCCCAAACCCCCACAGAAAGAUGUCCACAAAUUCAUGGAGUAUGACAGACAUGGCCUUGAGAGCAAUGUGCUGAAGUUCUACGCCAAAAUGGUGACCACCAAUCAAGUGGACAGUGACAGGGAGUUUAUAAUUUCCUUCUACCUGAGCGAUGACUCCAUCAGUGUGUUUGAGCGCUCUCAGAAGAAUUCAGGUGUACUUGGUGGCAUGUUCCUGGCAAGGGGUCGUAUAAAGAAACCUGGACAGGAGUUGUUUAAGAGCGAGCUCUCAGAGUACUUCACAGCCUGUGAUCUGUACGUAGGAGCUACUCUUUGCCUCAACAACAGGCAGUUCCAUCUGCUGGAUGCUGAUGAGUAUACCUUCAACUACUUGGAGCAACAUGCUGAUCAGUUCCCCAAGGCCGAUAUUGGCAUCAUCCUCGGUAAAUUACGGUCAAUUCCAGAGGAGAAGCAGCGGGAGAUCCGUAACUUUCUGGCUCUCAGUGACCCUGGCAACAGCGGUUUUGUUACCUUUGAAUCCUUGAGGGGCCUCCUGGUGGGUAUGGAGUGCGGUCUGACUGAGCAUGAGGUUCUGGUGCUUUGCCGAUCUUUGGUCGAGCACAAGCAGUCUGAUGUGGAUGUGGGGCUGAUGUUGGCUGUGGCCCAGGACUUCCUCAAGAAGAAGAAUUUUGACCAGCUGCCUGACAUGGCCCGAGUGUUUGAAUACAACGACCCAAACAAAACAGGACACAUCUCUGUUAAAGGGGCGACGGCCAUCUGCAAGACCUUCCAACUACCCGUGUCUGACAACCUGCUAACGUGUCUGCUCCACAAGUUUGCAGACGGGGACCAGAUUGACUACAACGCCUUUCUGGUUGGCAUCAACUGGAUGGAGCACCCCGCUCCCCCAGUGAUGCCUGAUGACACCUUGAAGUUUGACGUGAAUAUGCGGCAUGAUGCCAGCGAAGUGCAGCGAGUGAAAAACGUCCGCUACUCGUCCCUGCUGCAGGAUGUAUUCCAUGGCGCCUCCAACACGGAUGACCCUAAGAGCACCGCAUUAGCAUAGAUGAGUGUGACACAUGCACCCAGACAUGACGCAUUACCUCAAUUUGAAAGAAGAAAGACGCUAACACGCUCCAGUUCAGUGCAAUUUGUGCCGUCUGGGGCUCUGUCGGCACACAGCGAACCUUUAAACAGAACCACAUUUCAGGUCAAGGUGGGUCAGGCUCACACACACAUAAAGACUACAGUUAUUACGCUGCAGAUUCCAGAAUUGUGUGCAAUUUAUGUGAGAGAAAAUUGGCUAAAGCGGAAGAAACAGAUGAUCAUGGCUGUCAGCUCCCAGCUGUGGAAAUAGCAGGUACAUAUCAGCUCUCACGCUCAAUCCAAAAGGCAGAAUGAGCCAAUUUUUUGUGAUUUCUAUUAUCAGGGCUGGAUUAUAUGCAAUAUGCAUAUUUUUUAUCAUUUAAUGAAUUAGUUGUCAUUUAUGUGUGUUUUGUUGUUGUCGAUAGUGGAUAUGCAAUAAUAGGAUUAUGCAAUAAUAGGCUAUGCAUUUAAUUAGUUGUCUUAUAUGUAUUAGCUGGGGGCCAAUUAUGACCUUCGGUUUGAUUUUUAUUGGCCCAGUGCACAUUACAUUAUACACUGGAAU